GUUAAUUUUUAUUAUGCCACAGGGCUAACCCGCAUGGAUCCCUAUGUACGCCUGCGCGUGGGUCACUGCAUCUAUGAAACUCACACCGAUCCCAGCGGUGGGAAAACGCCGCGAUGGAACAAAGUCAUUCAUUGCCUGCUGCGGCCCGGUGUCAAUUCGAUAUACCUGGAGAUUUUCGACGAGUGCUCGUUCACAAUGGACGAACUAAUUGCGUGGGCGCACAUCACCAUUCCCCAGGCUGUGCUUAAUGGUGAGACACACGAAGACUGGUAUCCGUUGAACGGCAAGCAGGGUGACGGACUGGAAGGCAUGAUCAACCUUGUACUCAGCUACUCUGUGGGUCCAGCUCCAGUAACGGCAUUCCCACCGAUGCUAGUGGUCCCGAGCACGGGCAUGGGCUACGCAGCGAUGCCUAUGUACACCGCGCCGCAACCUCUGGCGGGUUACGUGCAGCAGCCGGGCUACCCACAGCAGCCGGGCUACCCACAGCAGCCGACCUACCCGCUCCAGCCGGGCUACCCGCCGCAACAGCAACCGCCACAACAGCAGCCGAUUACUGCUGAACAGCUGCAACAGAUCGAAGAGAUGUUCCCAAGCAUCGACAAGGAGGUCAUAAAAUCCGUGUUGGAAGCCAACCGCGGGAACAAAGACGCCACCAUCAACUCACUGCUGCAGAUGUCCGAGUAAACAUAUUACAAGUCAAUUUUGCAUAUUCUAUCAUUUAAUACAGUUUGACACCAUUUAUAAGGUCAUGGUAGUCAACAUAAGCACGGCUUUUAGGAAUUUCGUAGAAUUAAUUGCAAGAAAACCAUCUCUACAUAUUUUCAUGAUUGAUUUAUAUUUUUAUUUAUAUGCACAUAGCUAGCUAAUUAGCUGUUUAUAAUGACAAAGUACUAAUGGUAUUAAUAAAAACAAUACACGACGCCCAGUUAGUAGAACGACAUGUGGGGGGUGGUGCUAAUUAUGAUCAAAAUCUACCUUUAUUGAUAAAAAGGGUAAGUGGAGCAACUUUGCAUGUAUAACUUAUCAAAAACAGUUUUACAAAAUAAAGAAGGAAAUUUUACGAAGCAAAAUAGAUUUGUCAAUAUUUCGUACAUGUAACCAAAUACUGUCGUAACAGUAGAGCUCCUUGUGAAAGAGUUCGUCCAGGGAAGUGCCACCGUACCU